AUGGCCGACUCCUCUUCCUCAAGCCUGAAAGAGAACAGGUCACGGCGCUCUUGGACAAUCUCAGCCGAGUCGAGCGCAAUGGAGAGCAACGGUCGAUCGUCCCCCGAUUCCACCGAACGACCGAAAACCCAAGGUGGAGAAGCAGAUUCCAGGGCUGGUCCCAGUGGAUUCUCAAAGCUCCUCGAGGCGCGUCGGAGGCGCAAGAAGAACAAGAAGAACCAGAAGCAGACCGACGAACCUGCAGUGCCAAGUGUGGUCUUGGAGCAGGAUCUCCAUGAAAGCAGAUCCAACGAGUCCCGGGAUGGGAUCUCGGCAGCCACGUCGUCUGUCGCGGGGAGCUCUGGGCAAGCGGAGGGUGAGGUCAUUAAUUUAUUGACGGAUGAUUCCGAGCCAGACAGGACCCCGCCGCUCACAUCGCAUAACUCCCACACCGGAUUCUACACCACCUCCUCGCCGUUGAUCAAGACGACCUCAGUCGACGCCGCGAAAAUGGAUGACGCGCAUGGUGAUACCGAGUCAGCGGUCAGCGGUCCAAGUGUCACUGGCUUCGAGUCAAACCCAAGUGAACGGAAGCCUAGGCGUCCAACUCAAACGAGCUUGGCAUUGGAUGUGCCCGACGACUCAUCGAGUAGAAAACGCAGUUCGUCCCCUGGACGACGGUUCAAGGACGCGUUCACCUCCGACAAAAAAGCACCGAAUGAGGAUCCGGAGACUGCAUCCACCAAAUCCGGGGCGAACAAGAGCCGCAGUCUGUUCGGAGGCAGUCGACGGAGCAGUCUCUCCUCCAAGCGAGCCCAAGCCGGUGCCGAGGAAAUUCCUCCUCUGCCAGCGCCAAUUCGUACCGAUCUAAUGGACACCAAAACUCGUUCGCUCCAAGCGAGCCCCAUGCCGAACACCCCGCCCCAUACCGCCAUUCCUGCACCAGCAACAACCGUCACACCCCCUACCCCAACGGAGUUCAACCCCCUGAACCCGCAAAUCCUCUCCAACAAUGUAACCGACUCGCCGGAGUCCAUUCAAUCGAGGAAUUCCAUAUCUGACGGUGUGACUACCGUGAGUCCCUCGGGGAAUAUGAUCUCCCACCGGCGGGUACGGUCGGCCUCUGCGGCUCACGGCCCCAGCAAACUGUCAAAUUCAGUUUCCGCAUUAACACCCCUCGAUGAAAAGGGCAGCGCGGCUAAAACCCCGAGCCUCAACCAACAGAAUGGUUUCUUCUCGUCGGUUUUCUCCGUGGCCCAAAAUGCGGCCUCCUCCUUAAGCAACAGCCUCAAUGCCCAGCAAAAGAACCGCCCCGCAGUCCAAUCCAUUUCUGCAGAGGCUGAGAAAUCCGCUUUUGAUUCGACGGAAGACAAUGAACAAUCGUCGGAGAAUGGCAGCAAGAGCGAAGAGGGCAAGCAAUCAGCGGUAGAAACGCUAGGGGCAGGAAAUUUGAAUUUCAGCCAUUUGGACAUGGACGUCCGGCCUGGGGAGUCAAUCACCACCGCCGAUGGUGUCGUCAUCACAAAACCGGGAAGCCCGAUUGACAAGCGCAAAAAUACGAAUGUCUCUCGCCGAGAUGAGGAAGCUUCCAAGCUUGAAGACCAGCGCGCGCAGCGCGCCGUACAAGCAGCUUACCAAAGGACCGACAAGUCAGGAAGACCCUCGGAGCUGUCUCUGGUUGGCGCUCCUGCGGAUGACGUUUUGGAGGUUCAAUCCACUACUUCGCUUCCCAAAGAUGGCCCGAUCUUGGGUGAUCAAACCCCGCCGACUGGGAGUGUCAUCGAUGGUGACCUGAGUGGGGGUAUCAAUCGCAGUGGCAGCGUGCGUAGCAGGCUUGCGAGGCGUCAUCGUGGCUCUUCUGGAGCCACAAACUCGACCAUCGGCGCGAUUGGUAUCAAUGCCAUCGGACUUGGGGCUCCUGGCGUCAAUGCGAGUGCCCCUCGAUUGACUGGUUUCGCUGUUGCGAGCAAAAAGCGCAACAGAGACUUCCACCAGCUGUUCCGGAGUGUACCCGAGGAUGACUAUCUGAUUGAAGACUACAGUUGUGCUUUGCAACGUGAGAUCAUCCUGGCUGGUCGGAUUUACAUCUCAGAGGGGCAUGUCUGUUUUUCAAGCAAUAUUCUCGGUUGGGUGACAACCCUUGUCAUUAGUUUUGAUGAGGUCGUUGCUGUUGAAAAGGAAAACACUGCUAUGGUAUUUCCCAACGCCAUCGCCAUCCAAACUCUUCAUGCCCGUCAUACUUUCCGAAGCUUGCUAAGCCGCGAGUCUACGUACGACCUCAUGGUCAAUAUUUGGAAGAUCAACCACCCCACUAUCAAAAGCUCGGUAAACGGCACCCGCGUGGCCGAAGGAACGGGCGAUAAGACGGAGAAGGUUGGAGAUGGAGAGGAAAGCGAAUCAGAGAGUGACCCAUCUGACGAGGAUGAGAUAUACGACGAGGAUGAAGAAGAGGACCAUGCCGAGAGCUUUUUCGAGGGUAACGCCAGCGCCAAUGCUAGCGCGACCUCAUUGCCAAUAAGAGCAGGCUUAAGCCGCAAAACAUCGAGUCUUUCUGCAAAUGCAGCAACACCCGCAGCCGGCACGAACGGCAAUGGCGACAAGAAGAACGGCGACAAAGGUGCUUCCAAAGAUGCACCCCCUGAUUUCCCUGGUCCCACCACCCAUGCACCUACUGAAUAUGUCGAUCCCAACGGUCAAUACGAGAAGGUCAUCAAGGACGAGGUUAUUUCGGCUCCCCUUGGGAAGGUCUACUCCCUGGUCUUCGGACCUGCAUCUGGCGAAUUCAUGACAAAGUUUCUGGUUGACAACCAAAAGUCUGGCGAGCUACAGUUCGAGGGAACAGCCAAGGGCUUGACAACGGAAAGCCCGACGCGAAAAUACUCGUACAUCAAACCUCUGUACGGCUCCAUUGGUCCUAAACAGACCAAGUGUAUCAGUACCGAGAACCUGGACUUCCUGGACCUUGAAAAAGCAGUCCUUGUCACGUUGAGCACGCAAACACCUGAUGUACCCAGUGGAAACGUGUUUGCUUGUAAGACUAAAUAUCUCUUUACCUGGGCCCCCAAUAACCAAACUCGUUUUCUCAUGACUUGCACCAUUGAAUGGACUGGAAAGAGUUGGCUGAAGGGUCCUAUUGAGAAAGGUGCAAUCGACGGACAAGGAACAUUUGGUAACGAGCUCGUCAAAGCUCUCCAAGCGGGCGUUGUCCCUCGCGGGCGUGCCCCCGGUGGCAAAGGGAAAGGCCGACGCAAGAAGGGUGAUCCCGCAGGACGGGAGUCUACUGCUGCAGCGUCAAUGAAGGUAGCCACUGAUUCGAACACUGGGAAGGGAGAGUCCUGGGGAUUAUUCGAACCUGUUCGCCCCCUCCUUGAACCUGUCACCGGUAUCCUCAGUCCGCUAUGGAGUGGCAAUGUCGCGAUUGUCCUGAUUCUUAUACUCCUCUACAUGGCCUUCUUCCGAUCCCCCUCAUCUUCGUCUCUUGCGCACCAAGGCGGUUGCAUUGGCCACGGUCUGCCGCAGAGACUGGCCGCGUACGAGGAGAUGUGGCGGCGCGAAGAGACCGAGCUGUGGAACUGGCUCGAAGAUCGCGUCGGUAUGGACGGAAUGGUUUUCCCGAAUGCCUAUCGUGCCCCAGAGCCUCACCCUAGUCGCAGAUCGUCAGGUGGGAGUGCGACCAAUGAGCGCGAACUUGCUUCUCGGCUCCGCGAUGAAAAGGUCUCGGAUCGCGAAAUGGACCAUGCCAUUCGCACCACUCGUCAACGCCUCGACGUUCUCGAAGAAAUGAUGAGCAAACGCAAGGUUCAGUGGGAUGCCGAUGAGCCGGCCGAGGUCAAAUCCGAGUUAUAA